AAGAAGAAGAAGAAGAAGAAGAAGAAGAAGAAGAAGAAGAAGAAGAAGAAGAAGAAGAAAAACUAUUGAUUGAAGCGAGAAACAAGACACGUGGGAUAUCUAAAUGAAGAGUGGCGGCAGGAAAUUAAUAGAUUGAGGAGCACAUACAGUCUUCCCACGCCUCAUCUUCGCCACAAUGGAAGCAGCGGACCCGACACCUCUCAUGACAAGCAGGAUGUCACUAAGGGAUCCACCGCCCCACGCCCGCGCCACCUUCGGCGUGGGCGGGGCCGUGGGCGUGGUGAUCAACAUGGUGCUCUUCGUCAUGGAUAUUGUGUCCGACUGUCUGCUGGCCUAUGUGUUGUGGCAGCAGGCACAGACAGACAGCAGCACCAGCAGCAUCCACGUGUCGUCUGAGCCCGUCACCUGGUUCAUCAUUACACUGUGCAUCAUUCUAAUCCCUAUGGUUGUUAUUAAUUUGUUCAGUCUGCUGUGGUACUCGCAGAACAAACAGUGCCUCGGGGAGUACAGUGUGCUGCACAAGAUGGGGAAGUGUGCCACAGUGCAUAGAGUGAUAAUGCACCUCUUGCUGCUCGGCCCUCUCGUCAGGUACAUGGACAUCUUGCAGUACGGGAUCAAGAUGAGGCAGGAGAGGAAGCACGUGGAGAUGGGGAUGAUGCGAGGGAGCAGUGCCAUUCUACGAAGGACGCCCCGUGGAGAGGUGUAUGCCGUGCUUCAAAUGGUGAUCUCCAGGGACUCCGCCAUGCUGGAUAUGAUGCACAGUUUCCUCCAGGACGCCCCUCAGCUCAUCUUCCAAGUGUUCCUGCUGUACCGCCGCCCUGAGCUCAUCACCGGCACACUGCAGGAGUCGCCUUAUACCACGGUGGUGCAGGUGUGGAAGAUAGCGCUGGGUGUGACGGCGAUCUCUUGGUCUCUGGUGAGCUAUCAGGAGGAGCUGCGGAGGUCAGUGCCAGGCAAGGUGAAGCUGACAUUCUGUGCGUCUGUCAUCUGCCUCAUGUGGCGCGCUGCGAUGGUGGCCUCCCGCGUGCUGGCCAUCGGCUCCUUUGCUGCUAUCUAUGCACCACAGGGGGCAAGGACGGCCCUCACAGUGCACCUACGGGAGGAUGGCACAGUGCACAUGCCCUUCCCUAUCGUCACUGCCUGUGUGUUGGCCGCUCACUGGCUCAUCAUGGUGGCUUGGAUACACGCACAGGGGACAAAUUUCUGCGGAGAGGAAGAAGAGGGUCAGCCACGGCCAAUGCUGGAGUUCCUGUACAACUGUGUGAUGGGCCUGGUGCACGUCUUCAGCUACAUGAACCUCAAGGACUCACCAUCCCGCCGCCGCAUGGCCUUCUUCUACGCCUUCUGCCUCAUUGAGAACACCGCCAUGAUCUCCGUGUGGUGUGUGGAGAUGGAGCCGCACCUGUCCGUGUGGUUCCGUGCCGUGCUGGUGUUCAGUGUGGAGGUGCUGUGGGUGGUGGGCCUGUGCUGCCUCAUCGGCUACUACGCCUUCCUUCACCCAGACAAGGAGAACCUGGGCAGCUCCAGAAACGCAGCGUCGUGGAGGGAUUAAGCACACCUCUCACUGCUCAGCUGGGAGGAACCUUUGCCACGAUACAGAUUGGGAGUGUGACACAAUACAUUGGGCCAUAUUCUGAAACACUUCCAUGCUGCACCUUCACUACUUUCAAAAGGUUCUAGUUGACGUGACACGGGUUUUAGAGGUGUUUCUGUUAUUCUCCUGACACCUUCACUAUUUUCAAAGGGCUCUUGUUGAAGCGACACGGGUUUUAAUGAUGUUUCUGUUAUUCUCCUGACACCGUCACUAUUUUCAAAGGGUCUACUUGAAGUGACAUGGGUUUUUAAGAGUGUUUCUGUAACUCUGACACCUCCACUAUUUUCACUAUUUCUAAAAGGCUCUAGUUGAAGUGACACUGGUUUUAAAUGUUUCUGUAAUUCUAGUGACAUGUUAACAAGUUUUCUGCAUUAUCAACAGGACAAAUACUCUUUAGAAUUCGGCUAAUAGUCUCUGUGGUCUUUGAAAGUGGUCGCGGUGAGAGAGGGAACUGUCUCUGAAUAUGGCGCUAUAAUGCCACAACUUCCACUGGUACAAAAUAAUCUAAUGACAUCUCAAGGAUAUAGUUUUUAAGCACCAGUGAUCCUUUUUACAUUUAUAGACACGUUUUGUACAUAUGUUUUUUUUUCUAUAUCGAUAAUCAGUGUGUUUUUUGUAAUUUCCAUUUAUAACUAGAUUUGUAAAUGUUUUUUUUUUCUAUAUAUGAAUGAAAAGGUAGUGUUAUUUAUGAUUGACAUUUAAACACGAGUUUGUAAAUAUGUAUCUUUUCUACUGACAUGAAGACGAACCCACCAUUCAUCAUUGUUGUUGGUUAAUUAGUGUCUAAGCAAUAUUACAGCUUAAUAAAUGUCAUGUAUAUACA